ACGUGCCUUUGUGCUUUGCUCAUUGAGCUGAAAAGCAAAGCGCGAAACCCUUAGCAGUGCUCUCUGUAAUCCAUACACCCCAUUCCCUCAAAAAUCCCAAAAAUUAAAUAAUGAAAUAAACUAUUCCUAAUAAUAACAAGAACCAUUUUAUCUUUGGAUCUCUCUCAUCACCUCCCCCUUCCUCUUCCUCUCUUUCUAGGGUUUUGCUUCAGCUCGUCUUUGGCUCCCUAUAUCACAUUUACUCCAUCUCGUUGGGACAAGUGGUCAAAAAGUUUUUUGAGUUUGUUCAUCAAUGGGUGAUGCAGAACAUGCACUUCCACCUUCAAAGAAGAGAGCUGCUGGAAGGGAGAUCUCAAGAGACAACCCUGGUCUUGAUGAUGAGGAAGAUUCUGCAGAGCAAGAGACUGGAACUUUCAAGAAGGCAAGUGAUGAGGUGCUGGCUAGCAGACGAAUUGUGAAAGUUCGCCGCAAUCAGACCUCAUCAACCCCUUCAUCUAAUCCAUUUGCUGGGAUUCAGCUGGUCCCUCCUACUGAACCAACAACAACCCCUGCUGUGGCAACAGCUGAAGUAGUUGCUGCUAGUGAGAAAGUUUCAGAAGAUGGGAAAACUGAUGCUGGUGAAGAAACUGAAGGGCGUAAAGAUGAGACUGGUAAGGAGUCAGAAAGCAAGGUUGAAGAGCCAGUAGCUGAAACUGCUGCAAAGGUGGAGAUCACGGAGGAUAAGGAGAAUAAUAAUGUAGUCAAUGAGGCAACUGAAUCCAAGGUUGAUAAUGAAAAGCCAGCAGAAGAUGAUAAGACUGAGAAUGAAAAAGCAGUGGGUGGAGAAGAGACAGAGAGUAAAAAAGCAGCAGAAGGUGACAAGACUGAAAGUGAAGUGAAGGAUAAUGGUAGUGAAAACAUAGAUCCAAGUUCUGAAAGCACACGUUUGAGUUCAUUCCAACAGCUUUCAAGUAGCCAAAACGCUUUCACAGGACUUGCUGGAACUGGGUUUUCCACUUCUACAUUCACCUUUGGUUCGAGCACUGGUACCGGUUCUCUGUUUGGGCAGAAAAAUGACCAGCCUUCAUUUGGUUUUGGUCUUUCUAAUAAUGGUAGUUCUUCAAUCUUCAACACAACAGGGUCUUCUGCUGUCUCAAAGAAUGAGGGAACUGGUUUUCCAUCUAUGCAUGAGGUUCCAGUUGAGACAGGAGAAGAGAAUGAGAAAGUAGUUUUCUCUGCUGAUUCAAUUUUAUUCGAGUUUUUUAAUGGUGCCUGGAAGGAGCGCGGAAAGGGGGAACUCAAGGUGAAUGUCUCUACUGCUGGGACAGAAAGAGCCAGACUCCUUAUGAGAGCUAGGGGUAAUUACAGGUUAAUUCUGAAUGCAAGUCUUUACCCUGACAUGAAGCUCACAAACAUGGACAAGCGAGGUGUCACUUUUGCUUGCAUGAAUAGUACUGGUGAAAGUAAGGAUGGUCUUUCUACAUUUGCACUGAAGUUCAAGGAUGCCUCCAUAGUAGAAGAGUUCCGAGCAGCUGUUGCAGCAAAUAAAGUUAAAACGGCUACAGAUCUAAAGACACCAGAGAAUUCACCCAAGGCUUCGGAUGAGUGAGAGGAUCGCUGCAUCAAUACACAGAAUUCUUGUCCUUGGGCUGCUGUUUCCUUUUCUUUGCGGCAAAAGAGAAGAGCCUUGUUUUGGAGUCAUGCUUGAGCCUAUGUAGCAGAUCCUUUUUUAUUAUUUAACUUCAGUCUAGCCCUCAGGAGAAUGUUAUUAGUUUUAUUUUGGGUCAAUCCCAGGUUCGGACUGCAUAAUUUGUAGCUCAAGAGAGUUGGAAUGUUUGACAAUUUUAUAGUUGCUCCCUUUAAUAAGGGAUAUAUAUAAUAUCAAAUUGCAUAAGUUGCAUGUUGA